AUGCUGCCGGGAUGCCUUUCUGUAUACUUUCUGUCGAGGUUCGUGGAGGGGGUGGGGCAGAACGAUUUCUUCUCGUUCAAUACGCAGUGGUUCACGGAGUUUGGCCCGCAGAUCCCCUCCGACGAGAAGGCCUCCACCUUCUCGCAGGCCGUCGUGGGCGCCGUCGCUGCUGCCCCUGCCUACGCCCUCCUCUACUCCUUCGCCCAUGCCCAGAACGUGAGCUCCCUGGCUUUCAGUGAAGGGGCCGAAGGGGACGAGGAGGAGAGUAAGAAGCUGGGGAAGGGCGUGGCGGUUGGGGGGGUGGCGGGAGGGUUGGGGGAGGGUGGCGGGGCGGGGAUUGCGUCUGGGGACUCGCUGGUGGUGCUGCGCGCCAAGGUGCACUCGCUGCCGUGGUCUGCCUUGCUGCUGUUUGGAUGGGCCGUCACGAACCUGGCCUUUCUUUACUGCCGCACUCACGACGGGCGCGACCUGGGAUGGCUCGUGCUCACAGAGCUCAUCUGCCGCUCCGUGUCACUCGGCUUUGGGGGCGACUUCUUCCCUUUUGCCAUCAUGAAUAUGGAGUAUCUACAGGAGAACGGCAUCCUCAGGCCACCCAUUGUCAACAUCGUUGCCCUCACAGCGACCAUUAUGCUGCCGGGCCAUUACUACUCUGCUGUCACCUUUAUAGCCAUCUACAGCAUUGGCGUGAAGGGAGUGGUGGUGGGGCUAAUGGCAGUGGCUGUACCAACCUUCCUCUCCGCCUUCUCCCUCCUCCCUCUCUGGGACUCCUUACAACGCGACCAGGGCCUGGGGGCGGCAGUGGCUGGAGCUGGGCUGGCCGGAGCGGGAGUGGAGAUUGCUGUUCUGCUGCACCUGCUGCUGCAAGUGGCAACAACAACAGGGCCGCUAGCUGUGGGCAUUCUCACGGCAUCAUUGGUUGCAGCCUUCCAGACUCCAGCGCCAAUAGCUGUGGCAACAGGGUCAGCAUUCGGGCUUAUUCUCUAUCUG